AUGGAGAUCUUCAUCAUCUUACUCGUCGCUUUCAUAUUCCUCGGGCCGGAGCGCAUGGUUGACGCCGCCAGAACCCUCGGCAAGUGGACCGGCGAACUGCGCCGUAUGGGUUCGACCGUGCAGGCAGAGAUGGACGAUCUGGUGAACGUGGACUCUCCGCUUGCCACCCGACAGAGUCGCACAGAAACCACAAGUGAUUCGGGCGCGGCGACGCGACCCCUCGACCAAGACCAUCCAGCAGACGCAGCAGACGCCUCAAGCUCUGCGACACCUGUCUGGCGAUGGGGAGCAGAGCGCCCCAAGGGAGGAAAGUGCAUGAGUUCCGAAGGAGGUGUGCCUUUUCAGGAUCACAUCACAGAACUUCGACGGCGCGUGAUGUACUCUGCGAUUGCAGUUCUUGUCACGACUGUCAUUGCGUUCGUCUUCCACGAACAGGUUCUCACUCUCCUCAUGCAGCCCGCGCAGGGCUUCACCGACAUUCCUGGCGGCAAGCCCAUAUACACCGAUCUCACCGAGUUCAUCAGCACCGCGAUGAAGGCGUCCCUACUUGUGGGCCUUUUCGCCGCUAUGCCCUUCGUUCUCUAUCAAAUUGUCAGGUUCGUCUCGCCGGGUCUGAACCCAUCUGAGCGCCGCUACCUAUACGCCCUGAUGCCCGCAGUCGUGGUAGCGUUCAUCCUCGGCGCGGCAUUUGGGUACCGUGUACUCUUCCCGCCUGCCAUACAUUUUCUACUCAGCUUCGGCAACGAAAUCGCCACUCCAUAUAUUCGCAUCGGAAACUACGUCAGCCUGAUGAUUUCGACUUCUGCUUUGGAUGGGAGUUGUGUUCGAGACGCCUAUCGUGCUCUUUUUCCUGUCGCGAAUCGGCAUCGUAUCGCCUCAGCAGCUUGGGAGGCAGCGUCGCUAUGCCGUCGUUGUCGCCUUCAUCUUGGGCGCGCUCAUCACACCCACAUUCGAUCCCAUCAACCAGACCCUAGUUGCACUCCCUAUCAUCGUCCUAUACGAGGUCGGAAUCUGGCUCGCCAAGUUCGGUGCGAGGCAGAGGAACCGUCAACGUGCAAACGAAUUUGGCUAAGCACUGCCCACUCUGCCGUUGAUGCGGCGCAUGCCAGUGUAGAAAGCGCUGUUCUGACAGAAGGCCAUUUUCGCUGUGAGGAGACUUGUACGAUGAAGAUCACGAAGGUCACGCCUUGGGUUGUCAGCUUUCCCUGGGAGAUGCGCACGGGAGUUGAGCAGAAACCCGAAGUCAGAGACCGCCAGCUGGUGUUCGUACAGGUUGAUACCGACGAAGGAAUCACCGGUUGGGGUGAGGUCACGACCUAUCCCGGACCAGUGGCCAAUCGCGCAAUCGCCGCCAUGAUAAGAGAAGUGAAUGAUUAUCUAGUGGGCGAAAACACUAACGAGUUUGAACGGCUUUGGCAGAAGAUAUUCCGCUCAUUCACCUACCUCGGCACUAGAGGGGCAGUAUCAGCCCUCAUAAGCGGUAUUGACAUUGCGCUCUGGGACAUUCGGGGUAAGGAGCUUGGACUGCCGAUUUAUGAACUUCUGGGCGGCCCAGUGCGCGACAGAAUCGCGCUCUACACUCAUCCGCCUGAACCCCGCAACGUCCCGGACGCCAUAGCCGAUGCAAGGCAGAUCGUGGAAGCGGGGUAUGAGGCGUUCAAAUUCGAUCCGAUGAUGCGCUUCAUACCGGGCGGAAACGAAGGCUUUCUUGACGACUUCAUCAUGCCCGAUGUCACCUGGACUGGCGGCAUAACUGAACUGAAGAAAAUCUCCACGAUGGCUGAGGCGUACUACAUUCCGGUCUCUCCGCACGACGCGAGUGGGCCGAUCAAUGUGCUUGCGGGAGCGCACGUGAUGAUGACCACGCCGAACUUCUACAAGUUGGAGACUUCACGCUACGACCUCGGCGCAUACGGCGCGUUCAUCGAACCUGGACUGGACAUAAGAAAUGGUGACCUCUUUGUUCCCAACACUCCAGGGCUCGGUGUAAAUGGAUAUGGACUACUUGCACUCGCAUGUCGUGUUCGGCGGUAA